AUGGAUACCAUCAAACACUACAACGACCAUCACAGAAGGUCACAGGUCAAAGACAGUGGAGACAGGACUGAUGAGUGUGAGUGUAUGUCGGGGUAUGAAGGAGAUGGACACUCCUGCAUCCUGGUCAACCCCUGCCUGAAGGCUGACCGAGGAGGCUGUGACGUUAACAGGUUGUCAGAGUUUGACCUGAGUGGGAAUAUAACGGCUCUGGUGCCUUCCAGGGACGUUAUCCGCAAUCUAACCAGCUCUGAGCAGGACUUCUGGUUUAGCCGCUACAGGCUCCCGUACCUUCUAAAAGCCCACUUCCUCCGGGGGAUAUUCUCCAUAGAGGACCUGGAAAAGCAGGUCAAUCCAGCGGUUCCCACCUCUAACACUUGCCUAACUACAUGGGAGGUUAAAACUGUUGGUGGGGAAGUUAGGAUAGAGAAUGCAACCAUCCUCACCCCCAACAUCCCUUCUAUCAACGGAUACAUCCACAUCAUUAAUACGGUUCUGUUCCCCCCCUUGUCAGACAUCCCACCAGAACCCCCAGGCCUGAUGCAGUUCCUCAACACCACCCCUACCUUCAGUCUCUUUACACAGGCAGCACUGCUCUACAACCUGACAGAGGAGAUUGGUGUCUAUGAUUAUACGCUCCUACUUCCACACGAUGCCGCCGUCCGAGAUUACCUGAGACAGACCAACUCUACACAACUGGGUGAAGAGGUAUUGAAAUACCACGUCAUUCUUCACGAACAGCUGUUCCCGGAUCAUCUGAGGGAUGGGAUGGUGAAGGACACAUUACUUGGGAGAGCCUACCAGAUCAUGUUCCACCUGGGCAAGAACAAUGAG